AUGUCGUCCGGUUUCCUCUCGAAUCCGCAGCCUAUUCGGCCUCCAGGUGCCAAUGGCGGCGCGUUUCCGCUGCCCAUCGGCACUGCGCCCUCGACAAACGGCUUCAAUAGAGACCCCCUUUCAACCACUAGCAAUUCGGUAACGGCCUUGUCGUCUGCGACCGCCUCCCCGAAGCCUUCGGUACUUAUCCGCCGCCUGUCCCUAGAUACCACGGUUGACAUCAUUCGCGCAAUGCUUUCUUUCUCAAACGACUACACCGGCAUUGAACUCCUGUCACCCGAUGGCUCCGAAGACCCAAGCCACCGCUCUGCGAUCGUUUCGUUCUCUUCUCCGGACGGCGCGCUCGAGGCGCAGAAGAAUCUGGAUGGCAGAAACAACCUGAACCAGGACUCAAAGAUGAUUGUCGAAAUCAUAAAUGGAGGCUUGCGCCGGCCCACCGUCGACAUGGCCUCCAACGCAACACCUGGUUCAUCGGUGUCUUCGUCCAGGGGUUCGGUGCGCAUGCCUUUCCAGCCUUACGACAGCAUGGGCACGUCGUCCGCCGGCGGGUUUUUCGGAGCUGGUGCUAGUGCAAGCCUGGCCGCCGCAUCAGAUUUGGCCAAUUCAGAACCUAUUGGCCCUACGAAUCAGUUCCAAGCCUUUUCGACCCAGUCGCCGAUUGGAGUUCACCGUAGCCGCCCAGCGAACAAGGAACUACUGGAGGAUGAUGUUGUGUAUCCCAGCGACACUCGGAAUAUGCCUAUGGCAUACGAUAGUAUCUCUAACCUGACCGCCGCUAUCAGAGAUGCCCGCUCGACCAGUUCCAACCCAGCCGCCAUGCCACCGCCAAACCAACCCUCUCAAGCCUCGAUCGCCCAGCGCCUUGCCAGCCUCAGUUUAAAUACUGCGGAUGUCUUCAACGAUGGUGUGAACGGCCACGUGAACAGUCCUAUGAACGGCUCCAGAAGUGCCUCCAUGAGUGGUGCCACAGGUAAUACCAUGAGCAAUUCCAUGAGCAAUUCCAUGAGCAAUUCGAUCAACGGCUCGGCAUACGGCUCGUACGCCACUACACCGCUGUCGGCACAUUCCAUGGGCAUGCCAUCCAUGGAGCUCAACAGCAUGCUACCACACUUUGGAAAUACAACGGGCGGACCGGGUGGAUACCGCGCCAAAUUGCCACCCAUCAACCUCGCCGACCAGAAUCCCCCUUGCAACACACUUUACGUUGGCAACCUUCCCGCAGGUGCUGCAGAAGAAGAGCUCAAGGCCAUGUUUUCCAGGCAGCGUGGUUACAAGAGAAUGUGCUUCCGCAACAAGCCGAAUGGCCCCAUGUGUUUUGUCGAGUUUGAAAACAUCACGACAGCGACUAAAGCGUUGUUGGACCUAUAUGGCCGGCCCUUGCACAACAGCGUCAAGGGCGGUAUUCGUCUGAGCUUUUCAAAGAACCCUCUGGGGGUUAGAAGUCAGCCGAACCCGAAUCCCCUGACACAGCGCAACAAUGUUUCCCACAUGACCAGCCCCAAUGCGUUUGGCCCGUCUCCGACAGUGGUCUCCCCUCCUCCUGGUCUUUCCAGUAUCCACACAAACCACGGAACCGGCCUGGGUCUUUCGCACCCUGGAAGCCAGCAGCACAACUACUUUGCUGACCAUCCUGCCAGCAAUGCGUGGGCGAACACACCGCAACAUCAGGCUUCUUUCAAUGGGAACCAUAAUGGUUUGCACUCGUGGUCAACGAGCCCGUAUGCAGCUGCUGCACAGUCUUCCAUGAUGGGCAAUUAG